AUGACGACUCCGUUCCCUCUCUUACGCCUCCCUAGACUUGCACUGAUUCCUAUUCUUCAACACAUGGAGAUUAUUGAGAUAAUCGCCUUCUCCCUUAUCUCCAAGAGAGCUUUCAACCUCUCAAAAUGUUUCUGCAAAGUAUCUCUCGGUUCCAUCGAUUUGCUAUUGGGUUCCUACGAUAUUGAGAUGAGAAUUGAUGAUCUGACACUGUUUUUUUUUGGAAACAUACCGGAGACGGUUAGAUUGUUGCAUCACGAUAAACUGGUGCAAUGGAAGAAAACCGGGUUAUCGACUAAACAAUGGAUCCAGAGGAUUCUCGCAGUGACAAAGUGUUCAACUCUAAGCAGACUGAUACUCCAUGGGACACCAGACUACGAUGUGUUCUCAAUUACUGAUGUAGUUCCCAAAGUCUCUAACCUCCACAUCAUGUUCAACUGUACAAACACUUUUUCUGUAAAAGCACUGCAAAUUCUCUCGCCAGUCACUUCAUGGAUUUCUUUGUUUAAACUUCCCUUUUCGAAUCAAGAGGAAUUCCAGAGAUUUUGGAUGGGGAAUGUGGAACGUUUGACUAUCCUUAACGAUGAUUUAUCGAGAUUUCAAUUCAGCAUUGAUGAUGUUCUAGCAUCGAACGCAGUCAAACUUGAAUUGAGCGAAGUCCCAUUAAGUCUGAGAGAGCUCAACCGCUUCUUUUCUUCGUGGUUGAACAAAACAUCAAAUCAUCGGUUGAAGCAUCUAUCAGUAAAAUCACCUGGGCAUAUCAAUGAAGCCAUUCUUCUGGAUGGACUAAAUGCUACUCGUUUCACUGAGCAGCAAGCAAGACACUUCCAAUCAAUAUCUUCUCUGCCAGUAUUCACUGGAGGAUUCGAAGUGAGAAGAAUCGAUGGUCAGUUGGCAACUAUUACAUUCGGAAGCGCUAUUACGAAAACGUUCAUAAAUUUUGACGCUUCUCUGUAA